UUGAGUCAGGGACUGGCAACCCAGACAGCCAGGAUCGCAGCUGACUGAGGGAGACUCGCUGAGGGACAGAAAGACGAGGGACAGGAGCGCACAAGCCUCCCCCGACUGCAGCAGGUUCCCCCUUUUCCUCCCCUCGGAGGUGCUCGGUGGCUCCGGCUCUCCCUGCUGCCUCCUUCCUCCGCGCAGUGGGAUGUCAGCUAAACGUGAUGUUGUAAAAUCCAUGUGAGGACGAAAAGACAGAUGCAAUGAUUUGAAAGGUCUGUCUUUGGAGGAAAAAGAGAUUUUUGCCUACUGGAAGAAUGCAGUGAAACUGCCAAUAUUUCUAGCUGGAAUUAUAAGUUUAAUACUCAACUGUAGUGUUACUAAUUUCUUACUAAACAGUACCUCAAAGUAGAAGAAAAAUGUAUGGAAGUGCAAGAACAAUCAGCAACUUGGAAGGAAGUCCCUCCAGGUCUCCCCGUUUGCCCAGGUCCCCCCGCCUGGGUCACAGGAGAACAAGCAGCGGGGGAGGAGGAGGAGCAGGGAAGACGUUGUCGAUGGAGAACAUCCAGUCCCUUAAUGCAGCCUAUGCAACAUCUGGACCAAUGUACCUGAGUGACCACGAAGGUGUAGCUUCUACUACUUUCCCAAAGGGCACAAUGACUCUUGGAAGGGCUACAAAUCGAGCUGUGUACGGGGGUCGAGUCACAGCGAUGGGGAGCAGCCCCAAUAUUGCGUCGGCUGGACUUUCGCACACGGACGUCCUUUCUUACACGGAUCAGCACGGGGGUCUGACCACAUCUUCACACCACCACCACCAUCAGGUUCCUUCUAUGCUGAGACAGGUUAGAGAUAGUGCCGUGUUAGACCUGCAGGCUCAGCUUAAGGAUCUGCAGAGGGAGAAUGAUCUUCUCAGAAAAGAACUGGACAUUAAGGACAGCAAGCUGGGGUCCUCUAUGAAUAGCAUCAAAACUUUCUGGAGCCCUGAGCUAAAGAAAGAAAGAGUGUUGAGGAAAGAAGAAGCAGCCAGAAUGUCAGUUCUUAAAGAACAAAUGAGAGUUUCCCAUGAAGAAAAUCAGCAUCUGCAGUUGACAAUCCAGGCACUUCAAGAUGAGCUUAGAACCCAGAGAGACCUUAACCAUCUUCUGCAGCAAGAGAGUGGAAACAGAGGGGCUGAGCAUUUUACCAUUGAGCUCACAGAGGAGAAUUUUCGAAGGCUUCAAGCAGAACAUGAUAGACAAGCUAAAGAGCUCUUCCUGUUGAGGAAAACUCUAGAAGAAAUGGAGCUUAGGAUUGAAACACAAAAGCAAACGCUAAAUGCCAGAGAUGAAUCAAUAAAAAAGCUUCUGGAAAUGUUGCAAAGUAAAGGUUUGCCGUCUAAAGGAAUGGAAGAAGACAAUGAGAGAACUCGAAGGAUGGCAGAGGCUGAAUCUCAGGUUAAUCAUUUAGAAGUGAUUUUAGAUCAGAAGGAGAAGGAAAACAUGCAUCUUAGAGAGGAAUUGCACAGAAGAACCCAACUCCAGCCUGAGCCAGCAAAGACGAAGGCUCUUCAAACAGUUAUCGAAAUGAAGGAUACAAAAAUAGCUUCACUUGAGCGCAAUAUAAGAGACCUUGAAGAUGAAAUACAGAUGUUAAAGACAAACGGAGUUCUGAAUACAGAGGACCGAGAAGAAGAAAUCAAACAAAUCAAAGUUCAUGAAAAAUAAGGUAAGAUCUAUUUAUGUGAGAGAUUGAGUGUUUAAAUAAUGGAAAGAAAAAUUGAUCAACUGAAACAAGAACUCUCAAAGAAAGAAUCAGAACUUCUUGCCUUACAAACUAAGCUUGAAACCCUUAGCAAUCAGAAUUCAGAUUGCAAGCAACACAUUGAAGUGCUUAAAGAGUCCCUUACUGCCAAAGAACAGAGAGCUGCCAUACUUCAGACAGAGGUUGAUGCCUUGCGGUUACGACUGGAAGAAAAAGAAACCUUUCUGAAUAAAAAAACAAAACAACUUCAAGACCUCACAGAAGAGAAAGGAACCCUUGCUGGAGAAAUUCGAGAUAUGAAAGACAUGUUGGAAGUAAAAGAAAGAAAAAUUAAUGUCCUUCAAAAAAAGAUUGAAAAUCUACAGGAGCAACUUAGGGACAAAGACAAACAACUAACAAAUCUAAAAGACAGAGUGAAGUCGUUGCAAACGGAUUCCAGUAACACAGACACAGCACUGGCAACCUUAGAAGAAGCUCUAUCAGAAAAGGAAAGAAUAAUAGAGCGUCUGAAGGAGCAAAGGGAUCGAGAUGACAGAGAAAGACUUGAAGAAAUUGAAUCUUAUAAAAAAGAAAACAAAGACCUGAAGGAGAAAGUUAAUGCUUUACAAGCUGAACUGACAGAAAAAGAGUCUAGUUUAAUCGAUCUCAAAGAACAUGCAUCUUCAUUGGCAUCAGCAGGGCUGAAAAGAGACUCCAAACUUAAGUCUUUAGAAAUAGCCAUAGAACAAAAGAAAGAAGAGUGUAGUAAGUUGGAAGCACAGUUGAAAAAGGCUCAUGAGGCUGAAGAGGAGGCACGGAUGAACCCGGAAUUUGCAGACAGAAUCAAACAGCUUGACAAAGAGGCAUCGUACUAUAGAGAAGAAUGUGGCAAAGCUCAGGCUGAGGUUGACAGACUUCUAGAAAUACUCAAGGAAGUAGAGAAUGAGAAGAAUGACAAAGAUAAGAAAAUUGCUGAGUUAGAAAGCUUGACUUCCAGACAUAUGAAGGAUCAAAACAAGAAGGUUGCCAAUCUGAAGCACAAUCAGCAACUGGAGAAAAAAAAGAAUGCACAGCUGUUGGAAGAAGUUCGUAGGCGAGAGGACAAUAUGACUGACAACUCUCAACAUUUACAAGUAGAAGAGCUGAUGAAUGCACUGGAAAAGACUAGACAAGAGUUAGAUUCUACCAAAGCCCGUCUUGCCUCAACACAGCAGUCUUUGGCUGAAAAAGAAGCACAUCUGGCCAACCUGAGAAUAGAGCGAAGGAAACAGCUUGAAGAAAUUCUAGAAAUGAAACAGGAAGCUUUGCUUGCUGCAAUUAGUGAAAAAGAUGCAAAUAUUGCCUUGCUUGAGCUGUCUGCUUCAAAGAAAAAGAAGACUCAAGAUGAAGUAAUGGCUCUUAAACGAGAGAAGGACAGAUUAGUACAUCAGUUAAAACAGCAGACACAAAACAGAAUGAAACUGAUGGCAGAUAACUAUGAUGAUGACCAUCACCACUACCACCACCAUCACCACCACCACCAUCAUCGAUCUCCUGGGAGGCCACAACACUCCAACCACAGACCCUCUCCAGAUCAGGAUGAUGAGGAGGGUAUAUGGGCAUAGCCGUUCCUAUAAACCAAAGUUCCAGUUUUGUUUUGAGGGAUGAUCCAGUCACUGUUGGAGGCACAUAGCCACGGCAAAAUCUCAUGCUGUACAUUGAUCACCUGUCCAACCUUUGCCUAGAGUGUGAUCCCCAGUUCCUUCAAGAGAUCCAUCUUUACCUGUCUAUAAAGAAGAAGAGGAGGAGGGAGACAUCUGGGAUAUUCAAGUAUCAAAGUUUAACACCAGAGCAGUUGUCAGAGGAACUAGCGAAAAAGGAAGAAAAAACUGUAGCACUGGAAGGUAACAAUGAUAAUCUAUUGCAUUGGAUCUCCAAACAUGACCAUGAUAUCCUGGAGAAGAUCACAGAUGCAGAAAAUGAAUGCUAAGGUUGAUAUCUAAUGAAAUGCUGCAUUAAUUGGCAUUUUCUCCAUUAUUUCUUGUAGUCUAUUGUGAAAUUAGAUACUUUGGAAAAUAAUGAAGGAGACUCAAGCAGAAAUUAUAAGAGCUUCAUUUCUGUUUUAAUGGGUCUUGUGAGUUAUUCUGUUUUCACAAAGAAACCAUCUGUUCAGAAUAUGAUUGUUUAAUGAAGUUCAGUUAAAUAGGUUAUUUAACUAAUUUUUGGUAAAUUAAUAUUGAUUUUAAUAAGUAAUUCAGAUUCUCUUAGAUGUGGUAUCUGCAUUUGCUGAUUUUACCUAGUCUAUUCUAAAGUAUCACUUCUAUUGCACUAGAUUAUCAAAGAGGUAUUAGUAAAAUGCUAUAUAAGGGUGUUGGCAUUAACCUUACCCCCAGUUAGAUGUGGGCUUUUCCAAAAAGUAAAAACAAGCCUUUACCCUCCUCUGUUUUCUUAUAUCUACUGAUAAAAUAAUAUCAAUUAAAAAACCAAAACCAAACCAAACAAAAAACAAAUAUUGAUAAUAUAACCGGUAUUAAGCUCUGGGCCAGGUUGGAAAUGAAAUCAAUUUUUGGUACUAAUAACUGAUGAAAACGAUUAGCUUUAUGAAAAUAUGGUGUGUGUCUCUGACAAUGCAUAGGACAUCUAAUUUGAACAUAAAUAUAUGAUUAUAUACAAGAUGUAUCUAUUCCGGGAUGGUAAAAGCUUGAGGCGUAUAUAAAUACAUAUGUAUGUAUAUAUAUGGACAUGUACACAAGGAUGUAUCAACCUUUUACCAUCCAAAUGCAUACAUGUUUUCAAUGAUAAAAGCUGGGACUCUUAACAAACAAACAAACAAAAAACAAAAAUAAAGAUAAGAUUGCUGUGAAUACAGUAUAUGCACUAGGUCUCCUGUAAAUGUGGAACUGUUUGUUAUUGUUCUCUACAUUGAAAAACAGUCUCCAACAUGGACCCCAAUGAAUCUUAGAUGUUAAAGAAAAUACCAAGGAACAAAUAGCACUUAAAGGCUGUUUGUGUCAACAAAAUGUGUCUAGUAAAAUAAAUUUAAAGCACAUGCAAGGAAAAAUAAAAAUGUGAAGUCAUUACAUUCAGUGAGAGACUAUUAACUGACAGUCAGAUCUCUACAACUUCUCAAGGAGAAGUUCCUUUUGACUCCACGAACAUUUUCAGUCAGUCUGGCAAACAUGUGCAAAAAUGUUUGGCUGUUUUGUUGAGGCAUCUUUUUGUCCAUGGAAGAAAUGCUUCCAUGCUGAUGGCAGUGGGAAGAGAAUAGCUGCAUUUUUAAAGGACAAACAAUAAAUUUAAGCAUGGGUGGCCUUAAUCCUUAGUAGUUUUUCUUUGCUGCUGUAAAAAAAAAAAUAAAUCUCAAUGGAUACUCCUAAAGUCUUGCACUGAAUUUAGAAAAAUUAUUUUUUGAACCUGUGGUGCGAUUAACUCCUACAUGAGCCAUACAUAGUAACCCCUUUAAAAUUAUUAUCUAGAGAUGAUAUUUUAUUUACUUGUACCAUGAUUCUUGGUGCAAUCAAAGAGCAAUUUAUUCGAGCAGGAGCCCUGCUGGAUGUUACUGUCUUCAGUAAAUAGAGUAAAAUGUAUAGAAUUAGCAUAGCGUAGAUAAUCCCAAUUUCAUUCAUGUUUAAAAAGUUUGUCCUUUAACUAUCAAUGGCAUUUUAGAUCUUUGUUUUUGAAACAGCAAAGCUUUGAGGAGUAUAUUUAGCACAUAUGACAAAUGUUGCACUCGGAAACUCAGACAACAAAACUGGUUUCUCAUGACAAAUUUGUUGUCGCAGUAGGGGACAAUCGUCUGUGUCUCUUACAAUCAGGUCUUUACCUUAACUCUGCAACCGAAUACUUGAAGUAGGAUGUAAACUAGGGGGAAAAUAGGGUCACAGAUACAAAGCUGUAUAGUUAGAUAUUUAUAUGUACGUGCCAAUUUUGUCACAGGUAUUAUUUUAGGGGCAUUUUUGCUCCGCUCAUGUUGGUAAGAGUAUUGAUCUAAACUUUUAUCAGGGCCUAAAAGUUAGCCCCUUAAAGAGGAAAAUUUUGUCUAACAUUGCUUUUUUCCUUUCUUGCUUAUUUUUUUUUCUUUAUUUUCAUUUCAUGUGAUACUCUAUGAUAUUUGGAGAAAAUCUUUCAUAUACUGAAAUAGAAUCUCGGGGUUUACAAUAAACACUGUGAUGUUGGGAAGUAUUUUAUUUCAGCAAUGUUUGGUAGAUUUUUUUUUCCCCCUCUAAGUGUAAUGAAGCAAACCAACUUUUGGUUAGCAUUUAAGAUAAUGAUUAUUAUUUUAAUGUGAGAUCAGUCUUGUACUGCACAUUCUUUCUUUCAUUUAAAUGUACAGUAUGAAUUUUGUAUUUAAUGAAUUUUGUGUAUCCAGUAUGCACGUACCUGCACAUUGACUUUCAUUUGAAAGUGGGUUUCAAUUUACUUUUUAAACAGUGUUUAUGAAAAGACCUCAGAUGUGUUGACACAAACUAUAUCCGCAAUGUUUUUUUUUGUGUGUGUAGGGUGACGUUUGAAUGUGAUGUUCUGCAGCAAUGGGUCAGUAUUCCCUAUUUACCUUAGAUCCUCAUUUGAUAGUGCUUCUUGUAAUAAUUUUUUCAAGUGAGUGGCAUGUUCUGGAUUGUGAUAUUGAUAUAUGGUUAAGGACAUUGAUAUGAAACUAAGGAAUUCCUAGAAAUUACCAGUGGGCAUGUAUUAGACAGUCAUUGUAAUUUAAUGUCUAGUAGAAGUGUAAAGUACCAAGGUAUUUAGAGUUCAUAACAUUGUUAUCAUGUGUAUGGGAAGUAUUUAGUGUUGAUCAGCUUGUUUAUAUUCAUCAAAUAAACUUUGUUUCUUUCUGAAA